AAUGUUUAUGUUUUUGAUCGGGAGUUCUAGUUCAGGCUCAUGCCUUUGUUUUCUCCCCGAGAAUAAGUAUAAAUGCUCUUAAUGGUGGCGGUGGUCUGCCUCUGCGUUCAUCGAACUCGAAGCCGUAUUAGGCAGAGUCCAAAAGUUGCAAAUGGUCUGCGGACUUCGACCUCUGGUUAGCUCAUGCUCGUUCUACUUGUGCGCUACCCCGUGUCGCGCUCUCAGCGUUAGCAGGAAGUUGGUUCUUGCAUACUCGAGAUGGCACCGGUGGGCCUAUCCGCACGUGGUCCCCAACAGUUGGAAAUGGCUCCCGACAGCAGGUCGGUUUCUCUUUGGUGCGGGAAAAAAGCCUCUGCCUAUCUGUUGUGCGGUGGGGGUACAGCAUCCGUGAUUGUUUUGCUGUGUUGCGGUGGACCCGCCGUACCAGAACAACAGAAUGACAACUUCUAUUCGCGCACCAGUCGCAGCAGCAACGUGAUUCGAAGGACUCUGCCCGUAUCGACGUCAGAGGUUUGGGACAAGAGAAGCCGAGAAGAAAGAUCUCCCGCCUCUUCGCCCACGCAACAAGCGGAGCGAUUCGCAGCCAGUUCGACGACUAGGUUAGCAAGUUCUGCAAGAACCAAAGUUUUACAAAUCGCAUCCCAGACCGAGAUCAAGAAGCCCGACUCGGACUGCUUUUUGGAGGGGCUGUAUUUUCGCGAUGCGGGUACUUUGGUUGAGUCCUGUGGGUUGACCGGUCGGUCCGAGCUGAAGGAGCUGAAUUUCCAGGCCCCCUCGCAGUUGAAGGUAAGCAAGUCCAUCCGCGUCCCCCGCGUGUUUUCCGAAGGGACGGUGGACCUGGGCAACCGCACCUACUCCCUGACCUACCAGCAGCGGGAAAUGCACAUCUACGACAAGAAGACGUGGCGGUUCCAGAGAGCGGUGCCUUUUCCGCACGGCCAGGGCUGGGGGCUGACCACAGACGGUUGUCGUCUGUUCGCUACCACCGGGGACGCGCACCUUUACCAUCUGGACGCAGAGGGAAAACUGCUCCGGAAAGUGCGGGUCGUAGACGCGACGACAAGGAAGCCCGUGAAAAUGUUGAACGAGAUCGAGUUCGUGGCCCCAAGCACGAUCUGGGUGAACAUCUGGCUCACCAACCGCGUGGGGCGGCUGAACCCCUGGACCGGACGCAUCGAUCGGUACAUCGACCUUCGCGUCCACAAAUGGUUCGGUGACAGCACUCCGAAUGGGAUAGCGUACAACUGGGAGUACGGCGCCCUGAAACUUCUCAUGGCCGGCAAGCUCUGGAACAAGAUCUACGUGCUGGAGCUCAAAUCCGCCGAGGACCUCUGUGGGACAGACAGGAGCGGCCGGGCGAAAGCGAAUUCCACCGCGCGUCUCAGCGGUUCCACCGGGCAGCAAGUCGCAGCGGCUUCGCGGCAAGUAGACGAGACGAUCUGCGCGGAGGCGCCGCGGUCUGCGUGUUACCUCCAGGGCGGGCUGUUGCGGUUUGGGGACCGCACCAUUGUGGACCCGAGCACGAGUGGCAGUGUACAACUUCCGGCUCCCGGCGUGGGGUCAACAUCUGCGGUGGUGCAAAGCGCUGCAGCCGCCGUCUCCAAAGCGAUGAACUCGGUGAGCAGCUCCGGCGCGGCCGGGCGACAACCUGUGGUUGACGUGUCUUCUGCGAAUGCGCGAGGGCCCCAGAUAAGUGCUUCGGAGCCCGCGGCAGAGCCGACGAAAGCGAGCUCUCCUGCGGCUGCGUUUGCAGAGUUGGUAGUGUUCUCCGUCGUAUUGACAUUGCACCUACUCUCAUGGAGAGCUCUGCGACAAGUGUGCGCGGGAUGA